CGAAAUAUUUCGAAUCGGUUGGGCGUCGGGAAACGUCACGACGCCCAAAAUAACCACCAGCUAUUUCGAACGCGAAUGCCACACUGAAAACGUGUGCGUGUUGCACUGAAAAACAACCGAAAUCGGCGAAAAGUAGACGCACAAUUUGCGCAAAAAACCGAGCGAAAAAUUUUUUUGCAGUGCUGUGUCGAGUGGCGAUUUUGCGUUUUGCAUUUUCCGGUGGCUGUGUUUGCAGUGGGUGUUUUCGAAUUUUCUUCGUCGAGAAGUCAGUUCUUGCGGUUUUGGGUUAGCGAAGCAUUUCAGGCUCUUAGUGGCGACAUUAACAAAACGCAGCUUAAGAGAAUAGAAUUUGUAGAGGUAGUGCCACGUAGAGAUCUAUAGGAAUCAUGGUAUUCACCAAAGCCAUGCCUGCUGGCAAAGACGAAGCCGGCGCCUCAAACCCCGCCCAGCGGACGACGUUCCGCCCGCCGUGGGUCAAGGAGGGGCCUAGUCCCCUCCCGGUGCCCACGGCCCCGUGGACCCUGAAGAACGCGCGCAGGGACAGCAGCAAGGACUCGCCCUCGGAGAACCCGCUGGCGGGCGUGCAGCUGAGGAAGACGUCGGUGACGACGAAGGAGCCCCAGGAGAAUGGGAAGGACAACACGUUCAAGAGGCCGCAGCUGCGGCCGGUGCCGCCCAAGGAGGAGACCAAGCCGCCGAAGGAGACGCUGCCCACUGUUAAGCUGAACAGCGUGGCGGAGCGGCAGAAGAAUGAGGCGAAGAAGCCGCCGCCGAUUCAGAGGUUGCUAUCCGACGAUGUAGAAAUUGAUAAGGCCACUCCCGUUAUGCGGAACGCUUUGGUCCGCAAUGAGAGCAUGAGAAAACUAUCACUGUCGCAACAAGCACCAGCACCGCCUCCCAUGCCGCCCCCAGCGCCAGCAAUGCCCGGAGCGCCCGGAGCCGAGUUCCUGAAGCCUUUAACUGCACAACAAAGAGAGCGAAUCGAACAACUCAAAGCACGACCCAAACACCGCCCCGAUUGGACGGCCAUGUUGAAAGAAAUAGAAGGUAACAAAAAACUAAAACACGUGGAAUGCAACGAUAGGUCGGAACCUCUUCUACCCCAAACCAAAGCCACUGAACACUUCGUUUUCGAAAGUGAGAAAGCCAACGUUCACAAUGAACUCCUUAAACAAAUUUGUAGCGGCAUCACUUUGAAGAGAGUCAAGACGAACGACAGAAGCAAACCGAUGCUCGAAGGUUUGAGGAAAUUCAGAAGGCAGAUGACGAUCGAAGAACAGAUCCAGAAGUCAGUUUCUAUGGCUAGCAUGCCACCUAUCUGUGAUAAAUCUCAGGAAGAAAUUGAAGACGAAGCGGACGAAAUGGACGACAUCGAUAAAGUCCGCGACGAUUUACAGAGCACGAAACAAAUGUUAGCCCUUGAAUUACGAAACAAAGAAGCCCAAAUUCGCGAAAACAAACGCCUGAUGGCCAGAAUACUCAACCUAGAAGCAGAACUAGAGAAAGAACGCAACAAAGAAAGGACAACGGGAGACGCGACAACAGCAGAUGACAAACUCAUCCAAUCACUGAAGAAAGAAGCAGAAGAAGCGCGAAAAUCGUCCGAGGAAGUCGAAAAGAAAUACACGGAAGCGACCGAACAGCUCGACAGCACGAAAUUCCAGUUAGAAGAAUUGAAGAAGCAAAACCAGAUGUUAGAGAAGAAAUUCCAAGAGGCGGCACAAGGAAAACGAACGUCUAUUAGUAAAGACAUGGUGAAUGGAGAAGAAAGCGGAGAGGAAUUCGCCGAAGACGAAAUGAGCGAAGAGAGCGACGGAGAAGAUACAGAAGAAAAGAAAGAACGAAGAAUACAGCGAGAACUCAAACAACUGAGAAACAAGUUGAGGAAUUUCAAGAACAAGGAAGACAACGCGAAGAAAGAGAGAGUCGCUUUGAGGGAAAUAAUGAAGAAGCACCAACAAGCUAUCAAAGAAGAAAAGAAGAAGUACAAAGCGCUGCAGAAAGAAGUCGACAAAAUGGCGGCGUUAAUGAAAGACGUCAGCGACGACGAGGAAGAAGACGAAGAAAAGGAAGAAAGCGAGGAGGAAGUCGAAGAAGAAGAGGAAGAAACCAGCAGCGAGGAAUCCGAAACCGAGACCGAAGACGACAGCGAAUCCGAGAGGAGUCAAAGCGAACCCGAAGAUGCACCAGUAGACAAGAAACGAACUAAUUUAACCGCACGGUCGAACCGACACGAGAAGAUUCUCGCCGCUUUGAAGAAAGGCAACUUCAUGAUGAAAGCGAACGCCGAGAGGUUACAAGACGAUUUGAAUAAACAGAAGGAGUUGACAGCUGGUUUGCAGGAGGAUCUAGAUUCGGUUUUGGCAGAACUGGGAUAAAACUGGGCUCGGAAAUCGAUGGGGCCCAGUCCGGUCCUGGAAAGGAUUCGAUUUCGAAUUUUGUAACAUGAUUGUUAACGAAACAAUUUUUAACACUAUAGUAUAGGCGAAAUUGAAAUUUUUAUAUUAUUUAUGGAGAAUGUAUUUACUCAAUUGUGAGAAUAAAGUGUGAUCGCUUCUU